GUUGACAAAGCCCUGAGUAGGCAGAGGCAUGGUUGGAAUUGUGCUCCCAUCUCAAUGCUGUGAUUAAGACUCACUGCUGCUGCUGCUUGCAUAUCAGCUCGGCUGCACUAACAUAAUUCUCAAAGGCUGUUUCCCUGUGAUGGUGUAUAGGAGACAGAUAACCCACAGCAAGAGCCAGAAACAAUAAAGGAGCCAGAAAGUGUGACAGGAGGACCAGGUCCAGAGGAAGAGAACGGGGAAAGUCAACCUGAGGAAAAUCAAGAGGAAGGUGACCCUGAAAAUAAUCCAGUUAUGAACUUCUUCAAAACACUAGUGACUCCCACUAAGCCGUCCAAAAAGGUAACAGCAGCUCCAGGUUCUUCAAAGGAACAGUCGCAGGAGACCCAACCAGCGGGAGUCACUACUACUGCACAAGUGUCCGAAGCACCCGCCGCUCCCAAAGCGAUGUCCAUCCCACCACCACCUCCGCCCGAGCCACCAAAGAUGGAAAUCAAAGGAGAACCCGCUGCCAAACUGGUCAAACCUUCGCCAAAAGAAGAGAAAAAAGCUGCUGCCAAGAAACCCGAGGCCUCAAAAGGAAAAUCAGCCAAAGAUACUCUGGGCAAAUUCUUCCGUUCAAAGGAGAAGCCUGUGGAGGUACAGCAGCCAGUUAUAGACAUCAAGGUCGAACCUCAGGAGACAGCAGAGGAGGCGGCAGAGGCAGUAGUAGAGGAGCAGACAGUAGAUGGAGAACCACAGCCACCUGAGAAGGUGGAUCCUUCCAAAGCUGGUACCUUGGAAGCUGCUGCGAAGCCAGAACCACCGCCUCCUGUUCAGGAAGAAAAGAAAACAGCCACAAAAUCAUCCUUCUUCUCUGUCUUCAAGCAAAAAGCUGCAGAACCAAAAAAGGUGGGUGCUGCCCCGCCUGCUGCACCAGAGGCAGCUCAGACGGCUAAAACCAAAGAAGAACCAAAAGCAGUGGCCAAGUCAUCAGACGCGGUUGUAGAUAAUAAACAGGCUUCAGCUGCCUCCGAGGCAGCCGAGGAUCUGGCCAAGAUUCCCAAAAAAUUGGAGAAAAGGAACUCCAUCCAGCUUUUCUUUAAAGCUCUGGGUCAAAAACGUCAUUCUACAGAUGCCGGAGUCCAGACAGAGCAAACCACCGUCGCUCAAGCAGCAGAGAAGACCAAAUGAAACAACACUCACAAAUUCCCCUGCACAAACAGUUCCUUUUUCUCACCCGUCUUCUUUCUCUGUCUCUCGUCACCCAUUCAGUCCCUUACAUUACUUUAACUUCAUUUCUUUUUUUUCUUAUGGUAUUGUGAAGAGGUGAAAAAACGAAUGUUGGAUUAAAGCAAGUGAGCGGUUGUGAGAGCAGGUGGCUGAACAAUUUUAAAAUGGCCACAGAGGUUGUUCAGAUACAUGUAAAUAUAAAUUUUUAUUUUGGUCAUAUAGAUGUCUUAGUAUCGCCACGUGAGUUUGAAAACUUUUCUAUGGACAUUCAAUGUGAUCUUUCUUUCUAACCUCGCAGCCAAACAGACUGGGCUUGUGCAGUGCGUAUACAGCAUCCAUGCUUUGGUAUUAAUACUGUCUUUAACAUUUGAGAAGAAAUCACACUUUCAUAUCGGACUUGUGACCGUAAAUUAAAUUACCGUAUUAAAUAACUGAACACAUAAUGGACUGUUGUAAAAUAGCUGCUCUUAACAAAUCUGAUAAGAACAGCAGCUUUAUUUACCGAACCAGAAAUGCAGAUCUAUUUAAUUGUUGCAUUAGUGUUUCUUAAAUGGAGGACAGUGGCACCAGAUUUGGUCCCAGGGCAACACAACUUGAAAAAACAUUCAGCACAUUUUUCACUCAGAUACGAAUGUAAAGCAUUUUUACAAAUAGACAUAAAAGUGUGAAACUGCAAGUAAAUGUCAUGUAGCAUAAAGUUUUUUUUUUGCGACCAAAGACCUAGAACCACUUCUCUACAUAAUCCAGUGGUGUGACACAUUUACAUUUAUCAGUUCCACACUGCACUUGACUUUAUUUAACACCAUAUUUAAAAAAAAAAAAAAGCUGAUUUGUUUUGUGUUAAGUCCACUUUGGCACAAAGUUUAAAAAUAUUUAAACUGAAUAUUAUUUGACUUUCUGCCUCCCUGAUUGGACCCACUAGGGGUGAACAUCCCCCACUUCGGUAACCACUGAUAUAAUCCAUAUACAUACUGUGGUAAUUAGAAAAUACUAUGGCAUCUUAUUGGUCACAAAUUUAAGAUAUAUGAAAAUCAUUUUUCAGUUUCUGUUUUGUGUGCACAUGCUAACAAAUGCAACUGAGAAGUCCGUGUGGAAACGUUGUCCCAUGUAACUCACAGCCAACAUGAUUUUCAUGUUUAUCACAGCAUUUUGUGUGAGUUGUCGUCAGUCCUUCGUGUUCGGCUCUUCUGCAUUCAUGUUUCUGUAUGCCUAUAUGUGCGAGUGUAAACGUAACUUCUGUUAUCCUGAAGACAAUAAAUAUGUUCCUUCCUCAUCA